AUGAGUUGCUUCCAAACUUCAGCGAGCCAUUCCUGGAUUUAUCCCACUGUGAUCCUCUGCCUGUUUGGAUUUUUCUCCAUGAUGAGACCCUCAGAACCCUUCCUUAUGCUGUAUUUAUCUGGGCCAGAGAAAAACCUGACCAGUGAAGAGAUCACAAAUGAGAUCUUCCCCGUGUGGACAUACUCAUACCUGGUGCUGCUGUUCCCGGUGUUUAUCCUCACCGAUUAUGUCCGCUACAAGCCAGUCAUCAUCCUGCAAGGGAUUAGCUUCAUCAUUACCUGGCUGCUGCUCUUGUUUGGCCAAGGAGUGAAGACCAUGCAGGUUGUGGAGUUCUUCUAUGGGAUGGUCACUGCCACCGAGGUAGCCUACUAUGCCUACAUUUACAGCAUGGUCAGCCCAGAGCACUAUCAGAAAGUGAGUGGCUACUGCAGGAGUGCCACGCUGGUGGCCUACACGGCGGCCUCAGUGCUGGCCCAACUCUUGGUAUCCCUGGCCAGCCUAUCGUACUUUUACCUCAACGUCAUAUCCUUGGCCUCUGUCUCCAUGGCCUUCCUUUUCUCACUUUUCCUACCAAUGCCUAAGAAGAGCAUGUUUUUUCAUGCAAAACCCAGCAAAGAAGCUCCUCCAGAGCCACCAGGAAAGGAUGCUGUCUUAGAGGAACCUCAAAAGGAUCACGAACCCGGCGGACAAGAAGUAUUCACUGUUUCAGGGAACCCGGAUGAUGGCCAGUGGAGCAGCCCAAAGCCAGAAAAUGUAGCUUUGAGAGUUUUUGUGCAGUGGUUACAGGAUUUGAAGGAGUGUUACGCCUCAAAACGUCUUUUUUACUGGUCCCUAUGGUGGGCUUUUUCCACAGCAGGUUUUAACCAGGUUUUGAACUAUGUUCAAGUCCUGUGGGAUUACAAGGCACCAGGCCACAGUUCCGUAAUAUAUAAUGGAGCCGUAGAAGCUAUUGCAACCUUUGGAGGGGCCCUGGCUGCCUUUGCAGUGGGUUAUGUGAAAGUCAACUGGGAUCUUCUGGGAGAGUUGGCUCUGGCCAUCUUCUCGGUUGUCAAUGCAGGCUCUCUAUUUCUCAUGCAUUACACGACCAACAUAUGGGCAUGCUAUGCUGGCUAUUUGUUAUUCAAGACUGUCUAUAUGCUUCUUAUCACCAUAGCAGUGUUUCAGAUCGCAGUUAAUCUGAGUGUGGAACGUUAUGCCUUGGUGUUUGGAAUCAACACCUUCAUUGCCCUGGUGAUUCAGACCAUUAUAACCGUGAUCGUAGUAGAUCAGGGAGGAUUGGGGCUGCCAAUCAGCAUUCAGUUUUUAGUUUAUGGGAGUUAUUUUGCAGUCAUUGCUGGCAUUUUCCUAAUACGAAGCAUAUUCAUUAUCUACUCAACCAAAUGCCGAAAGACAGUGCAGAGCUCUGCUACAAGUCAGAAUCCAUAUGGGCCACACCCAGAAGAACCAAAGAACAACUAAUGAACAAAGCUCUAACCUCUGUCAACCACUAUAGCCUCUGAGCAAGGACUCUGCUGGUCACAAAGUCAUGGAGUGCCAUAAAUUGACACACUUCACAAGUCUGGAUUCCAGUGAACCUUUUCAAAGCCAGGAAAGCUCAGCUUUGGACCAGACAUCUAUGUACCCAGCUGAACUGGAUGCAGCUGUUCAGGUAUACCAUCUCAAUUAAACAGCCUAUGUUGGGGAACCCCAGUGAAUAGCAAUGACUGGAAAAUUCUGGUUUUGAUUGCUUUCAAGGACGUGCAAGUGGCAUGGAAACAAACCAUGAGAAAACUCCAACCAUCCUAGAGUUUGAUAUUCCUCAUUUGUGAGCAGAAAUACUAACUGAAGUGACCCUCUUGCUUGGCUUAGAUAUUUGUUUUAUUUUACCCAAAACAGGCAACACAAUGGAUAUUUUUUGUCACAUGAGCCAUUGUCCUUCUUCUUCCAUUCAGUAUAUUUCUUUAAAACUUACAGUUCCUUGAGAGAAUUAUAGGGCUUCGUCCCAUUUCUAAGGAAUCCUUUUCUCUUCUGAUAACACAGUAUUAUUCACAAGCUAUUAUUUGAUAAUAUCACCACUUAAUUUUUAAAUCAUUAUUCUUCACUUUGUGCUCCACUGAGCUCUGUCAUUGAAACUCUACCUCAGGAAUAA